ACGUAAUCUGACAGUUCGGAUAGACUCGAUAGAGAGAGAGAGAGAGAGAGAGAGAGAGAGAAACCAGUACUGUAAGCACACAGAGUCAGAGAGAGAGAGCUACCUCUAUCCGCAUUUUCUGGUCAGCCGAUGCUCGGAAAAUCUUUUACAGGUUGGUAGGUAAACCCGUUUGACUUUUCCGAUCAACUGAAACACACUACGAUCCCAAGACACUGAUGCUAUGGACGAUCCCAACGGCGAUCAGACGACGACGUCGUCGUUCGAAGUCUCCUCCGUUUCUUGCUCGAUUUGCCUCGAUUUCGUGACCGAUGACGGGACCAGGUCAACGGCCAAGCUCCAAUGCGGCCACGCGUUCCAUCUCGAUUGCAUUGGUUCGGCAUUCAAUUCAAAGGGAGCAAUGCAGUGUCCUAAUUGUCGUAAGGUUGAGAAAGGUCGAUGGUUGUACGCAACUGGCUCUACGUUUUCAUUUCCUGAGUUUAGCAUUGAAGACUGGACUGCUGAUGAGGAUCUCCAUGAGUUAAGUUAUUCUGAGAUGCCAUCUAGAGUUCACUGGUGUCCAUUCAGUGGAGUGGUUCGAGUUCACUCAUCGUUUGAGGAAGUUGAACCUCCGCCAACAAGAAGUAAGGAUCAUAACUUACAUAGGCACCAGUCCGUAUUUUCUGAUCAACAAACAGCUGCGUCACCUGUGGCUCAUUCAUAUGUUGCAUACUUUGGACCCAUUCCACCACCAACUACCUCAAACACCAGUGAGAAUGUUGAAGAUCGCAACUUCAAUCAUCCCUGGAAUGGCUUAUCUGGACACAAUGAGAUCUUUCCUGCCCGUACUUUUCCUGUCAUAGGUAUCCCCCAUCAAAAUCGAGGUCAUCAUUCCCAUCCAUUUUCUGCAAACAGCGGACAUGUGAACAGUGCUGAUCAAGCUUCAAUUCCACCUGCACCUCUGAGAGCUACCAGGGGAGACCAUGAUGCUUUGACAAGAUCCGGAUCUGUUGUGCAUCCAUUUCUUCAUGGUCCCCGCAGCAUUCAUUCUCAUCAAAGGAUGCCGGCUUCUCAUGCCACCCAUCAUCACCAACACUCACCUGUCAUUCAUAGUGUCAGGAGGUUUCAUGUCCCAAGGGGGGUGCCGCCAGCGGUGCCAGCUGUCGCUCAAUCAGAUCAUACUGGAGGGUUCUUUCUAUCUCCUCCUACAGGCUCAUCAGGCCGGAACCCACAUGAUAUGGAAAGUUCCUUGCCGAACCAUUUCCAUGCAUGGGAAAGAGACAGGGACCCUGCUCAGGGUUCCUUCCAUCAUGCUAGUGGUGGCUCUGAUAACAGCAACAGGUCUGGCGGAUUUUGGCACAGGCAUUGAACUUAAACAACUUGGUUUCCCGUUUCAAGAGUCAAGUAUUUAUGUAUCUCUGUUGCUAGAAGAUUGGACAUAAGCUGUUUAUAUAUCAACUGCUGGAACCAAGAAAUUUGUAUGAGAAGUGAGAACAAGUAAACAGUGUUGUGUUUCUGUACAUUCUGACUUGGGAUGUAGUAUGCCCUGGAAUGCCUAAUACUUUUUGGGCAGUCAGUGGUGCCGACUUGGUUUUCGUUAUGAUACAACUUUUUGGAAAAAACAGGAACAGGCUGUCCUGUGCUAGUUGGAUGAGUACUGAAGUCUCUGCAGAGCGUAGGGUUUUUGUGUUGAACGAAAUGUUUGAUUUUGGCUAUAUUUUCAUUGCAACUGUCAAAAUUUUAUUGCAGUAAUUGCAAAAUAUCAAA